AUGGAUAAUAUUAGUAAAUACUUGAAGGAGGAGGACUAUUACAUAAAAUUGAAAAUCUUGAAGAAGCAAAUUGAUGUUUUAAAUAUUCAGGAGGAGUACAUCAAGGAGGAACAUAAAAAUUUAAAGAGAGAAUUGAUCCGGUCAAAAAAUGAAAUAAAGAGAAUACAAAGCGUACCUCUAAUCAUAGGUCAGUUUCUGGAUAUCAUUGAUAAUAAUUAUGGUAUUGUUAGCAGCACAGCAGGAUCAAAUUAUUAUGUCAGAAUUCUUUCCACUUUAAACAAGGAAGACUUGAAACCAUCUGUUAGCGUGGCAUUACAUAGACAUAGUCAUUCGAUUGUAAACAUCUUACCAUCUGAAUCAGAUAGUAGUAUACAACUGUUGCAAGUGAGUGAAAGACCAAAUGUUAAAUACACAGAUUUAGGAGGAUUAGAUAUGCAAAAACAAGAAAUGAGAGAAGCUGUUGAAUUACCUUUAAAAAGUCCAGAGUUGUAUGAAAAAAUUGGAAUUGAACCUCCUAUGGGCAUUUUAAUAUAUGGGCCUCCAGGUACAGGUAAGACUAUGCUUGUUAAAGCAGUAGCGAAUGAAACACAAGUUACAUUUAUUGGUGUUGUGGGUUCUGAAUUUGUACAGAAGUAUUUAGGGGAAGGUCCUAGAAUGGUACGAGAUGUGUUCAGACUAGCUAGAGAAAAUUCUCCAUCCAUUAUUUUUAUUGAUGAAGUAGAUGCAAUAGCAACAAAAAGAUUUGAUGCACAAACUGGGGCAGAUAGAGAAGUACAAAGAAUUCUUUUAGAGCUACUAAACCAAAUGGAUGGAUUUGACAAAUCUACAAAUGUAAAAGUUAUAAUGGCUACAAACAGGGCUGAUACUCUAGACCCUGCAUUGUUAAGACCUGGGAGAUUGGAUAGAAAAAUUGAAUUUCCAUUACCUGACAGAAAGCAAAAAAGAUUAAUCUUUCAAACCAUAAUUAGCAAAAUGAACGUAAGCAGUGAUGUAAACAUUGAAAAUUUUGUCGUUCGAACUGAUAAAAUAAGUGCAGCUGAUAUUGCUGCAAUAGCACAGGAGGCCGGCAUGCAGGCCAUAAGAAAAAACAGAUAUAUAAUUACUGCAAAUGACUUUGAGCAGGGUUAUCGCACGCACGUCCGGAAGCAGCUUCGCGAUUACGAGUUUUACAACAUAUAG